AUGACCAUAAUCGUUGCCUCGUCGCCGAUAUGGCGUUCUACACUUUCUCGUCCCCUCAGCAAGAUAUCUUUCCUGCAACGCUGCAAAUUCUCCUCCUAUAUCGUCACGCCUCAAGAGCUCAAUCAAGCUCUCAGCAAGAAUGCCCCUAGCACCAUCUCAACCGCACCGAAAACUAUCCCGAUAUGCGCAGCAUGGUUCAUGCCCAAUGACCCUGAGAAGAGAACUGGCCUCGAAGCCUUCAUGAAAAAGCGGAUACCUUCAGCUAGAUUUUUCGACAUUGAUGAGAUCAAAGACUCUGAGUCUGAGUAUCCGCACAUGCUCCCCACUUGUGAGGCAUUUGCAGACGCCAUGUCACGACUUGGAAUCAAGAGAGACGACGAGCUGGUAGUAUAUGAUACCGAAGAAUUAGGCAUCUUCUCUGCUCCUCGAGUUGCUUGGACCAUGCGUGUCUAUGGCCACCCUAAGGUUCAUCUACUGAACAACUUUCGAAUAUGGGUCAAGGAGGGCCUACCAGUGGAGACAGGGCCCCCCGAAGUGCCAAACAUCACCAAGUAUCCAGUUCCUAGCUACAAUACCGACAUGGUGGUGAAAUAUGCAGAAAUGAAGACAAUCGGCUAUGAUCACGGCAAAGAAGGUGCUGAAGAAAUCCAGAUACUCGAUGCUCGAUCUAAAGGUCGUUUCGAAGGCGCUGAACCUGAACCACGACCCGGGUUGAGCUCUGGGCAUAUGCCUGGCGCCAGUAGUGUACCAUUUCAGGAGCUGUUAGAUCCAGAGACAAAGGCUCUCCUCCCCGCAGAAGAACUUAGAAAAGUCUUCGAGUCCAAAAAUCUCGACCCCAAGAAACCAUUCAUUACCAGUUGUGGUACUGGUGUCACGGCAGCCAUUAUCGAAGCUGCCUUAAGGGAAGCUGAGUUCGGGUCUGAAAACGAUCGUAGAAUCUACGAUGGAAGCUGGACGUAA